AUGCUUGAAAAAAUAAAAAAUCUUAGUUACUCAAACCUAAUUACAUGUGAAGAGUUUAAUCUAGUAUUUUCACAACUACCUAACAUAUUAAAAACAGAAAAGAAGUUUACUAACGAUAACCUUAAUAACGCUAUGAGUGUACAUUCUUAUUUUAGUUUAAUAGCCAUGAUUCCUUUGUAUCUUUUAAUAAAACAGUUUAGUAAGGCUCAAGUUAGAUUUAUUAUUACUGGAGUACCACUAGUAUGUACAUUGUUGGUUUAUUUUAGUAAAGAAAACUCUUUAAUGGCGGGAGGUGUAAUUUAUGCAUUAGUAUCACUAUUUGAUAAUUCAAAAAAUGUAAUUUCUAAAUUAGGCGUUGGAAAUGGUAGUUUUGAUUAUCAAAAUUACAUUUUUAAAGAUUUAAUUAAGAAAUUGUUAUCUUCUUGUGUUGGUUGGAUAUCACAGGAAUUAUUUGACAUAACUAAAGAAUUUAGCAUUAAUUAUUGUUAUACUUUAUUGGUUACAUCAGUAUGUUCAAUUAUAGUAUUUAUACAGCUAUUUGGUGAUAUUAAGCAACCAAAAUUUUCAUUAAAUAAUCUAUGGGAUACACUAAAGAAAAGUCAUAAGACGAUUGAUAAUAAACAAAAGCUUAUUCUUUUAUUAUCAACAAUCAAUAGUGCAAUUUAUACUGAUUGUCAGUUUAUUUAUUAUGAGUUGUUAUUAGAACUUAAAGAUGCUAAAAAUUCUAAAAAUCAAUCAUUCAAAAUUAUUGAAGUGAUUUAUUUGGGAAUUAAAAAAAUCAUUAAUAUUAUUUGUUUGAUAUUAAUAUUCCCAUUUCAGUUAAUUUUUAACAAUAUUGGAGAAAAAUAUUCAAAGAAAGUAAAUUUAACUAAUAAGAAUAAUAAUGAUAAUAAAAGUAAUAAUAUGAGUAAUACUGGUUACUUUCUAGGAUUAGUUAAGAUUUUAUCUAUUUUAUUUAUUUAUCUAUUAAGUUUUAAGUUUUUAGAGAGUUCAUUUGAAUUAAUUUUCUUAAGUUAUUGUUCUUUAUUGAUAAUUUCUAUCAUAAUAAUUAUAAAUACAUCUAAUAAGAACAUUAUUGAUAGCGGUUAUUUUUUUAUGAAUAUGUCAUCAAUGGGCAGUAGUGAAUUAUCAUUAUACUUCUUGAAGGAGUACAGUAUUGAUCAAAAAAAAGUGACCACUUGA